AUGCCUCCAGCCACCAAUAGGUUCCAGUCGGGGCCUCCUGCCAUCUCGCCAUACCAGCACCAGUUCCCCUCCCACCCCUCCCAGUCCCAUGCCGCCUCCCACCAGCCGCCCUCCCUGGCCUCCCAGGGCUACCAGAUGAGCCCCUUCGGCGCCGCCAACGGCCUGGGCGCCCUGGGAGCCGCCAUGAACACGGGCGCGGGCUUCGGCGUUGGCAACCUGGCCGGCGCCGCCGAUCAGACGGGCCUGGCCAGCCAUGCCGCGCGCAUGGGCUUCGCCCACGGCGCCACCCUACAGCAGCAGCAACAUCCCCACCAACAGUCUCACGGCCUCGGCGGCGAGCAUACCACCCGGCCCAGCGGCGCGGCUAAGGGCCGCAUACGCGACGUGUGGCGGCACAACCUCACCGAAGAGAUGGCCAUCCUCCGGGAGCUGGUGGACGAUUACCCAUACGUGUCCAUGGUGAGACGCCCCUCCGCCGACGUGACAAUCACCCACCCCCGAGGGCCCCAAGGGAACAAGAUCUUCAUGGCUAACACGCCGCGCCCACAGGAUACCGAGUUUCCUGGCAUAGUAGGCCGACCGAUGGGUAAUUUUAUCGAUAAGAGCGACUACCACUACCAGACGUUGCGCGUGAAUGUAGACAUGCUAAAGAUCAUCCAAGUCGGCAUAGCCCUGUUCAACGAGAAGGGCGAGACGCCGCCCGCCCGCCCGGGCCAGUCCGACGCCAGCGAACUCAGCCCGACCGUCAGGAAGUACCUGGCCGCCCACGGCUCGAUACCGUACGCGUGGCAGUUCAACUUCCACUUCGACAUCAAGGAGGACAUGGCCAACGAGAGCUCGAUACAAUCGCUGCAGCAGGCCGGCAUAGACUUUGAGAAGCUCAGGGUGGACGGCAUCGAGCCCAACGCCUUUGCCGCCCUGAUGACGACGUCGGGCCUGGUCAGUUUCGAGGACGUCAAAUGGCUAUCCUUCCACGGCGGAUACGACUUUGGGUACUUUACCAGAUGCCUGAUGAACACCGAGCUUCCCAACGAUGGCGCCAGAUUCGACUACCUCAUGAAGAUCUGGUUCCCUACGACUUACGACGUUAAGCACCUCUUGAAGUAUGCCAUCAAGCUCGUGGGAAUGGGCCACCUGCAGCCCAGCGACCCCUCGGCGCACGAGAUACUGCAGAAGUUCGAGCAGAAGUCCGGGCUCGAGGCGCUGGCCGAAUCCUUCAAGGUGAAGCGCGUCGGCGCCGCCCACCAGGCCGGUUCGGACAGUCUGUUGACGGGCAAGAUCUUCUUCCAGCUGCGCGAGAAGAUCUUCAACGGCAACAUCCCCGACGAGCACAUUGGCAAGACCUGGGGCCUGGCCGUCGGCGGCAGCAUGACUGCCAGCUACAUCGCAAGCAUGAACGCCGGCAGCUUCAACGACAAGGAGAACAUGCCGGCGACGGGCACGGGCCCGAACGGCAAGGCGAAUGGGCCUAGCACUCCUAAUAUCUCGAGCGUCGGGCUGGUGACGACCCCUGCCGCCGCGCAGUCGCAUAACACGAAUGGCAACGGCAUCUCGGUGGCGCCCAUGACCCCUGGCGGAGGCGGGGGCGUCCUGGGUCACUUUUUCCAGGGAGGGAGGUGA